AUGCCUUUCGGUCGCACUGGCAGACAGAACAACCGCUCUCAACACGCUCUGGUUGAGCCAACCUCUGGCGGUUCUGGUUCUGGUGCUGCUGGCUCUCCAGUUGUUGCACCCACAAGCAACCUCCCUGCAGCCUCGCCAAACACAUACAGUCCCAACGAAUCCUUUGACUCAAGACCUAGUCAACAACAACAACAGCAGCAGCAGCAGCAGCAGCCGGCGCCGCUCCAUCAUCAACAGCAACAGCAACAACAACACCAGGCGCCGCUGCCGCCUCCGCAGUCUCAGAACCCGCCUUCAUUUUCCAACGAGGGAUCUGGGGUCGACGACCGUGAUCCUCAACAGCUGCAUUCCGCCGGCACCACACCGCCCGCCUUUGAUGCCAGACAACAGCAGCAGCUCCACCAACAAAGAGCCCACGACUUUGCCGACCAAGUCUCGCGAUCCCAAUCCCAGCGCUACCCUCAGAUCCCCUCCCUGCAGGGACAGCAGCAGUACGGUCCAGCUUCGAGUUCGUACGACGACCUAGCGACCACCCUCAACGCCAACCAACAGGCGCUCAACCAGGGCCACCCGCUGCCUCCUCCUCCUGUUCAGCAGCAUCAGCAAUAUCCCGUCGCUGCUCCCGAAUCUCGACGCUCCACUCGGAAGCUCAUUAAGAAUAUUCUGAGUGGCUCUUCGGGCAGUAAGAGCGGAGGAGGGUACUCGCAGCAGCCGCCGCCUCCCCAGAAUUCGUACGAUAACACCUCUGGUCUGGCACGCCGACCGUCGAAACGCAUAAGCACACAGCAGCCUCCCGCGAUCCGGACUGGUCCAUCACAGGUCUCACUCGAGGAACACCCUGGUGACUGGCAGGUCCAAGGCCAGCACACGCAGCCAUCCCCACUUCAAGGCGUAGGAGAAUACACAGAUCCAUACUCCAUCACCCUAUCUAACGAAGACCUAUACUUGCAGAAUCAAAAUCCCCAGGCAGCGCAGCAUCCAUCGAUCCGCCCGGUCCCCGGUGACGUGGAGGGAGGAGUGGCUUACGGACCAGACGACGUAGGUGCCGCCUACCGCAGGCCUGCCCCCCCUCAGAUUCAGGGCCGGUCCUCGCCAUCAGAGCAGCCCCAGAGCCCGUACAGCCAGGGCGGCUCGUACGAUUCUACGCAACACCAAUACCCCUUCCACACGGUGCAGCAACAGUACCAGGGAGGUGGGCAACAAGUUUUGAAUACCCACCUGGGAGCCAACCCUCAGCAUCCCAAUCCCGAGACUGUGUCACAGCUGUCGCAUGAGUCGCCUGCCACCGACACUGACCAGCAGUCGACUCACAAGUUCCCAACGGGAGAGAACCCGCCCCCAGGCACCUUCGGUGCUCCAGGCCAGAGUCAGGAACACCAAACGGCCAAUCCAGACAACGCACAUCUGCAGCAACAGACCAUGGCCCCUCCACCAGGAGGCCCGGGAUCUCGACGACCGCAAGAGGCCGAUAAAAGCAUGCGAGGCCAGGUUGAGCCUCCGGUGGGCCCGCCUCCAGGUUACCGUCACAGCCAAGCCUCCAACUUAAACCCCAAUGCCCCCCCGCCAAGCGCAGCGGGUGCGAACCCCAGCUACAGACACAGCACCGCUCAGGAUCGUCAAUAUGAGGGGAUACAGCCUGAGGGGCGCAACAGCCCGCAGCCCCCAAUUUCAAACCCGGAUGCGCAAGACCCGGAGAAAGCAUUGAAAGAAUUAGUCGUUAAAUAUAAAAACGUCAAGAGGCUCUAUUUCGAUGGCAAGAGUCAAAUCGAGCAGCUCAAUGGCCAGGUUGAGCAGUUGCAGAACGCUGUUGCAAAUCAGCGAAUGUCUCAGUCGCGGACUUCACUCGACGACAACGAGUACUCUACUCGGUUCAACCGCCUCAAUGGCGCAAUCAAUAAUCUGUCGUUCAAUAUUCGCAAGGACUGGGCGUCUCUGCCGCCGUGGCUCGAGCCUUAUGUCAGUGCGGAAGCGUUGAGGACCGGCAAGCAGGAGAUGACGGCUGUCGGGCGCGCCGUGAUUACUCGAUGGGUGGUUGAGGAGAUCUUCAAUCAAUCUUUUCAUCCCGGACUAGAUCCCGAACUCAGUCGACAGCUGAAGGACAUCGAGCAUAACAUCCGCAGGUUCUCUUACAAGAUGAACAGCCAGGAAGAAUUCGAUGCCCUAACGACAAAGAUCGUGGGAUGGAGGAUGGCCACACUCGAAGGACUGCAGCCCGUUCUCAACUCACCAGAGAGCGCGGAGCACCGGUCCGAUUUCAUACGCAAGGCUACCACCAACCUGACGGCUGGUCUGUUUCAAUUCCUCAAGGAUCCACCACCCCCGGGCGUGGAUGGCAGUGCGUCCAUGAUCGUAGAGCUAGCGGUAGGCCUCGCAGCCAACCUACCACUUGAGAGUCGCGAUGUGGCGAUCGUCUAUCCGCUACCACUAGACAACAUCCAACCAGCCCUGAUGGAGGUUGAGAAGGUCGGGCUGCCGCCUCUAGAGAUGCAGAACCCGGAGAGCGACGACAGCGGCGAGGAAGAUGGCGGCAAGGAAGCCGAGAAGAAGGGCAGCGGCGGCAAGGACCGCAAGAGCGACAAGAACCGAAGCGGUACGUCAGCGAAACUAAUACGCCGCGCCGGCCCGCCGGACGCCUCCAAACGGGGCCAGAAGGGUGGCAGCGCACCGGCUUCUCAACUCGUUUCCACUUCGUCUGCUGACACAUCGACUUCUCCAGGACUGCCUCCCAAGGAUGCCGGAAAGGUGCGGUUCGCAGGUUUUGUCGCCGUGGAGGUUCGCGGCAGGCAGGUGCUGCUCAAGGCGCCUGUGUGGACCCUGAGCUGA